UGAAUAGAACCCUAAUUUGCAACUUUGUAAAACCUUGUUUGGCCCAGCACACAGACGCAGAGCUCUUUCUUUGUAAUGCUCCAUUUGGACACCAAAAAUCCUAGCAAUUCUCACACUACUGCGUCCUCUAUAUCCCUACUUGCAUUUAAGCCUCGCCAAGUUCUCCUUGCUCAGCAUAGUUCAAGAAGCACGAUGGCUGCUUCUGCUUUGAAGGAGGAAAAUAGCAGCAACAUCACAUCUUUAACCCCCGAAUUGAAAGGAGCUCUUCACCAAUCUAUACUUGAUUACUUCCAUCGUAACGGAUUCUCCAAAACCCUCAAACGAUUUCAGUCAGAAGCUCCAAUUCAGACUGAUACACAAAAGGCUUCUCUGCUACAUUUGGAGGACAUAUUCUGCAACUACAACACUUGCAAUGCUGAUAGUAAUAAGAACAACAGCAAUACACCAGUGUUAGGAAAUGAUGAGGCUAUAAAAAAAGAUAACUUUUGCAUCACCAAUGAGGAAAUAACAACCAAAAAGAAGAAGAAAAAGGGUGUCAUUGAAAGUGAAAACGGUGCUAUUAAAGAUCAACAAGAAGUCACUGAUAAAAAGAUAUUCGAAUUUGGUAAGAAUUGUGGUCAAGAUAUCAUAGUCAAUGAACGAGAAACAAAACCGAAAAAGAAAAAGAAAAUCAAACAUGAUUCGAAUUCUUCUAUUCAAGCUGAAGAAGCGACAUCUAUUGUAGUAAAAACACCCGUAAAUGAUACAAUAAAUGGAUUAAAAAUAGAGGAUUCAACUAAGAAAGUUGCAGACAAAGAGAAGAAAAAGAAGAAUAAGAAGUUGAGCAAUGAUUCUGGAGACACUGAAAAGGAAGGUAUUGAGCCAUAUGAGACUAAAAAAGAAGAAAAGAGUUCCAAGAAAAGAAAAAGAUCCGAUUCUGAUGAAAAUGAGAUAGUUACUGAAGAAUCCAAGUGCCAAAAGACUGAAACUUUAAAAGAAAAAAAGAGUAAAAAGGAAGAAAACAAUGGACAAGAAACAUCUAAUAAACAGACAAAUGGGCAACUUGAGAUGAAUGGUGAAAAGUCGGGUGCCCAUAAAUCAACAAAAAAACAACAAAAUGUUACAACUGAGCCAAAAACAGUAAAUGCAUUUCAAAGGGUGAAAAUCGAUCAAGUGGAAUUCGCACACGAGAAAUUGCAAGAUAAUUCAUAUUGGGCUAAGGAUGGUGCAGAGAUUGGUUAUGGUGCUAAAGCACAAGAAGUUCUAGGUCAAGUGAGAGGGAGGGAUUUUCGACAUGAGAAGACAAAGAAGAAACGUGGAAGUUAUAGAGGAGGCCUAAUAGACUUACAAUCUCACUCCAUAAAGUUCAAUUAUUCCGAUGAGGAGUGAUGGUGAUUCUUUAAGGAUUUUUUUUUUUAAUAUCAAUUAAUUGCUCCUUGCCUACAAUUUUUAUAUUAUUGUAUGAACCGAAUGAUCAGCGGUAAUACAUGUACCCAUCAAAAUUUUGACAA